UUCUUCCGAGUCUUCUAUAGCUUGACCUACACGGCUCUCUACCUUCUGACACUCGUCUUCCUAGCCAUCACGCCGAUUUCGAUGCUAUACUCAACCAUUCAGCAACUUGCUCUUCAAUAUACGAUCAUGAUAGGAGGCUCGUACGUCUUGACGGCCAUCAUCGCAAUCUUCAUCUACAGCAGUCGACUCUACACCAAUAGGUCUGUGAUAUCCACAGUGGGAAAGCCAUACGUGCCGAUCGAAGACGGCGAGGUUGGAAAGAGCGUGCGCAAAAUGAUCGUAAAGCAGCUCAGGAGGAGUGCAAUUGUAGCAUGGGAAGGCAGACCGCGCGAUUUGUUUGGAGAGAUCUUAUGGGGCGAGCAAGAGGGCGUUCUGCCACAGGAUUCUGACAGCAUCAAUCGCAAUGACUAUACGGUCGGCACGGAGAUUGUCGUGGACCCGUCCCAUCCACCUUGGGGAGAUAUACAGCAUGCUGGAUGGACAUCUCCGAGCCAUCAGGACGACAACAAGAACCCUCAUGUGCGCUUUGCCGAGGUCGUUGGCGAGCUACCGAAUCUUGUGGAAGCUCGUGCUGUCUCACUUGCUCCCGCAGAUCCUAAGGCUACGCCUGUUCAAGGCCAAGCUCGGCCUGUCGAUCCAGUUGUGGUUGGUCUUCUCACAAGGCCGGCGAACAUGGCUAUGCGAGAAUAUCUUACGCAGCUGGGCUACCUGGGUCUCGUCCAGCCUCCGGAGAUUGGUCAAGAGUUCCUGCUGCAAUACGAGAAGGCCAGGUUUGGUGGCAGACCUUCAACAUUGGAGGAGUUCAAUGCCCUGAUGCAAACCUUCGCCCAACUGUUAGCUGGCAUGACGAGUCUGGAUUCAGAGAUUGUCAAGGAAAUUCGAAUUCAGUCUGGCGAGCGAGCAGAAUCU